AUGAGUGGUCACGAGCCGGCGGGCCCGAGACGUGCUCGGAAGAAACCGUCCGGAAUACUGAAGCUGGACAGCGGUGCGCGCCGCCGGGAAUCGUCCGGUAGUUCGCUGCUGCAGCUCGGUGGCGGCGGCGACGAGCUUUCACCACCGUCAUCGUCGGUUUCGCCACAACUCUCCGUCACCUGGGCCUUUCCGCCCAUACGCGCUCCGCCAGGCGAUGGCCAGCCCCAGUGCAGCGCCGCGGACAGUGAUUUAAGUACCGAACACCAACAUCCGGUUCCGGUCGAGAUUCCGCGUGAAACAAUUAGCGCAGCUGAUGGAGGAGAUGGCCGACAGACUACGGCAGCAACAACACCAGCAGCAGCAGCAACAGCAAGUAAACAACCCCGGGGACCAGCGAAGGAACGAACGAAGGUGCACUCUGUGAGCACCGGAAGUGCUGUCAUGAAAGCGCCGGAUACGCCUCUCUACAUUGGUGCCGAAAUCUUCCCUGGCGGGCACGACGGUCCCGUCGACACCGACUUCAACCUCGCUGACGGCGACCACGACGACGACGAUGAAGACUACUCGGCCAGUAUUAAUGCGAUCAUCCAGCGGAAAGCAAGUGUUAAGAAGCGGCGCGGCUACAAGGGUCACCGGCGAGCGUCGAGUCCGCUCAGCCAGAUGAUGGGACUGCCGGGUGGAACCGAGUCGGCGGCAGGAACGGACCGUCGGCCCGGCGGUGAUCGGCGUCGCUCGAGUGUCUACACGACGAGUUCGGGCGAAACGGGCGUCACGCUGCCGGAGGACUCGAUUGGUGGGGGCGGCGGGGUGCGGAGCGAAGAGUCGGCCGGCGGCCGGCAGGACAAACUGUUCGACACGAUCCGGCUCCACAAGGAGGUGCUGCAGACGGUGAAGCUGCAGCCGAUCAGCAUGAAGCGCAAACUGCGCUUGGUCCAGCAGGCGAAGAGCUACAUCACCCGGCACGAGGGUGCCCUGCAGGAGCACUUCACCUCCCGGACGGCGCGCAGUCUGCUGGCACAGUUCAGCAUCUUCCUCACUACGAAAUGGCAACAGCUGCUGCGAGAGUUGGCCAACCUGGCCACGUACCUCAUACCGUGGGAAUCGCGCAUCAAGGAGAUCGAGUCCCACUUCGGGUCGGUCGUCGCGUCGUACUUCACCUUCCUUCGGUGGCUCUUUUCGGUCAACAUCGUCAUCUCGGUGCUGCUCGUCGUGUUCAUUAUGGUACCGGAGGAGAUCUACGUCGACGCGGACAAGGCCAAGUGCGACAUCCGGAAGACGAUGUCGCGUCAGGAGCGCGCCCUGACACGCAACUUCAGCACGAUCUGGGAGUUCGAGGGACCACUCAAGUACUCGAUCCUUUUUUACGGCUACUACUCCACGUUCUCCGGUGCCAUCGCCUGGGGCUACAAUCUGCCGUUGGCCUACUUUUUCACCGGACUGGUCGUGUACAUCUACAGCUUUGUCGCCACGCUGAAAAAAAUGGCGGAGAAUUCGCGGAUGUCGAAGCUGUCGUCCAAGGACGAUGAGUACGUGUUCUCCUGGAAGCUGUUUACCGGCUGGGACUACAUGAUCGGCCACAUGGAGACGUCCCAGAACCGGAUGGCGUCCAUCAUUCUGGGCUUCAAGGAAGCCUUGCUGGAAGAGGCGGAAAAGAAAAAGGACACCCAAAACUGGAAGAUCAUUCUACUGCGGAUUCUGGUAAACUUUCUAAUCCUGGGCCUGCUGGUGAUUUCGGCGUACGAGGUCAUUCAGGUGGUGAAGCGCUCAAUGGACCUCACGGACACGGACUCGUGGUGGCGGCGCAACGAGAUCACCGUCGUGAUGUCGCUGAUCUCGUUCUUCUUCCCGAUGAUCUUCGAGGCGCUCGGUAUGAUGGAGUACUACCACCCGCGGAAGCAGCUGCGCAUCCAGCUGGCCCGCAUCAUGGUGUUGAAUAUGCUGAACCUCUACUCGCUGAUCUUCGCCCUGUUCGACAAGAUCGCUCACAUGACGGGCGAGCUGCGGCGGAUCAAACCGACCAACUUCACCACGUCCGCCGAGCUGUGUUUCGUGCCGGACACUAGCGAACGGUGGGGUGGAAUGAUGCUGCCGCCGGACAAGGACAGCAAGUACCGGGACGCGGACAUACGGUCGCUCUGCUGGGAGACCAUGUUCGGGCAGGAGUUGGCCAAGCUAACCGUCAUGGAUUUGCUCGUCACCAUUGUGUCCACCCUGAUCAUGGACGUCAUCCGGGCGCUCUUCGUGCGGUACAUGAACAACUGCUGGUGCUGGGAUCUGGAGAAGAAGUUUCCAAUGUAUGGUGACUUCAAGAUCGCGGAAAACAUCCUGCAUUUGGUGAACAACCAGGGCAUGGUGUGGAUGGGUAUGUUCUUCUCACCCGGGUUGGCCGUGCUCAACAUCGCCAAGCUGGUGGUCAUCCUUUACCUGCGCUCCUGGACCGUGCUGACGUGCAACGUGCCGCACGAGGUCGUGUUCCGGGCGUCCCGUUCGAACAACUUCUACUUUGCGCUGCUCCUGACGAUGCUCUUCCUGUGCGUUCUGCCCGUGAGCUAUGCGAUCGUGUUCCUCGAGCCCUCCUGGCACUGUGGUCCGUUCUCGAACUCCAACCGGAUCUACCACCUGCUCACGAACGCCACCGAGCGAAUCGUGCCGGAAAUGAUCACCAAGUACAUCGUGUCGCCGGCGGCCAUCAUCCCGCUGCUCGUGCUCCUCAUCCUUAUCAUCUACUACCUCAUCUCGCUGACCGGCUCGCUGCGCGAAGCCAACCAAGACCUGAAGCUGCAGCUGCGCAAGGAACGCACCGAAGAGCGGCGCAAAAUGUUCAAGAUCGCUUCCAGCACCCAGCAGCACCAGCAACAGCAACAACAAUCCGGGAGCGGCGCGAUCGGGCCCGGGAUGAACGGAUUGUCGAGCUCCUGGCACAAGGUGCUGGACUCCACGCAGCUGCGUCUCCAGUCGACCACCGACAAUGCGACCACCGACUCGGAGAACUCGGCCACCAAACACAAGGAGCUGCUGCAGCGCAUGAUGAAGCGGGCGCUCCAGAAGGAACAGUCCGUCGAGGCGGUGGACGAUCCCCAGGGGGGUCCGCCCCUGCCGGUGGUUGGGACGGAGAACGAAAAACAGCAGCGCACCCACCGGAAGCCCGAACCGGAGGCGGAAGUUUUCCGUUUCGAUGCGCGUACCGUCGAGCAGAUCCACCGGGCCGACCGGCGAGUGGCGACGGCGGCGACGGAUGAAGAUCGCACGGUGGAACUUGCGGCUGGAACGGGGGGAGCAGGGAGCAAGAGCAAGUUCGAUCGGACGCGCCCUUCGACGGCCGAACGCUUCCGGAUGGCGGCCCGGGCGGAACGGCAGCGGAUGCAGAACCAAACGGCCGACUGGAUCGAGCAGAUACCGGUCAUUACGAUCAGCAAAACGUCCAGCGACGAGUGCAUCAUCGACUCCGAUCCGGACCGGGGCGACGAGCGGAACGAGCCACCCCAGCCUCCGCCACCACCACCGCCAGCCCCUCCGAAGAAGAAGAAGGACGCAAAGGCACGGGUCAGUUCCGGGUAG